UAAAAUAACAGUUCCACAAUGUAACUUCUCAUUUUGUAGAAAGAAAAGCAGCCAGACAGAGGAAAUAUCUUCAUUUACAUAAAAGAUCGAAAAUAAAAUCACAGAUGGAAAACAGAGAAACGAACAUACAUACACAUUGUAUGUAUCAUGAUAGGCAAAGGGUCAGCGAAAGAUCCUUACUAGAAAUAUCAUUAAGGGAGCACAUUCGAAAUGAGAUCACGGAGGAGAGAGUAUUAUGAGAUGAAAGCAAAAGCUCUGCUGGACCAGGACAUGUUGCAAGGUUCACAGUCACAGGUGGACCCUUGCAGAUGCCGAGUGGUAUCUAAGAGAUUGGAAAGGGCCACUUGGAAGGCCUCCUCAGAAAUGGAAAGACGAUUUGGGUCAAGAUGGAAAAGAAUGGUGCAACUAAGACGGAAUUGGAAAUGCAUUAUGACCAGUGGUGUAUACAACAUCUGAUAGUCUGGGCAAUAAUGUGAUAUUGUAAUUAUUUUCUGCUGCCAUAUGGUACUGCACCAAAUUUACUACCAGUGCUUCCCUUUCUUGGAAAACUGAAGAAUUAGAAACCAUGUCAUGCCACGGGGAUUGUCUGGAAAUCGAAUCCAACCGAAUCUUUUACUGAAAUAUCAGCCUUGUACACUUUUAAUUUCUGAAGUGUGUUGAAAAUAAAUGUUGCAAGCAAUUUCUCUACAGCUGAAGUUAUCUAAGAACAUACAUAGUAAAUGAAACCAAUGUUUUAAUAUAACUAAUGGAAGAUAUUUCUAAUAUUCUAAAAAAAAGAGCAUUGCUUUCCACUACUGUAUAAUUACUGGAACUCGUACAAAUAAUAAUAAUAAUAAUAAUAAUAACUUUGGUGCACUUGGUACAAUACCCUGACUGUUACCUAAAAGACUGAAGUAUACUAGAAUUGGCUACACACAUUGUCAACCUGCAAAAAAGUUUCAUCCUGUGUGAAUCUUAAGAAAAGCUUUUUAAGAUGUGAGGAGACUUGUCGCCAACAUUCAGGAUCCCUGCUAAUUAGUAUGUAAUAGCUUUUGAAUAAUAAUAAAUUUGUAUUUGAUUUACCAUUUGUGUUUUGAAAAUCAACUCUUCUGCUGCCUGAAGGGAAUUGUAUCCCAACCCUCAGUUUAUUUGUUCUUGUCCCGUUUGAAAUAUUUGAUUCAUUGAUUGGCAGUCUUGUCAGAUAAAGAAUGGAAAGUCCUGAUAAUCUUGAAGACUCUACUAAAACUUAUAUGUGUCAAGCUUGCAACUUAAAUUUUGAAGACUUUCAUGAAUGGAAACUACACCUGAGUACUCAUCCUGUCACCAAGUAUGAAUGUAAUUUCUGUUUUUCUUCUUAUUCAAACAAAACGGAUUUCUGGGAACACAUCAAAACUCAUACCAACUCUUCAACAGCCGUCAAAUAUUUUUGUUCAAAAUAUCCUCUGGAGAAGAACGGACAGGAAGAAAGUGAGCAAACUGGCACCGAAAAAGGGGUUGUUGAAGAUGACACUGGUAUUGAACCAUUAAAAACGAAUUCUGUUAGUGAUUUGGACCCUAUGGUGGAACAUUCCGUGAUGUCUGUUGAAGAAGAAGAACCAAUCAUGGCUACUGAUGUUGAGCAACUUGAUGGUGGUAAAACUGAUGAUGAUGAUGAAAAUCCUGACAAUGAAAAUUUUGAUGAUGAAAGUCCUGACGAUGAAAAAACCAAUAAUAAUCCCCAAUCUGUAGACGCCGCAGCAAAGAGGUGCAAAUGUCAAUUCUGUGACAAGUCCUUCCCUAGUGCCUUCUUGUUCAAAGUCCAUUUAAAGAAACACUGUUUGCCCUUAACUUAUCUACAGGUAAAAUGUCUCGGGGAACCAGUGUCUUUAGGAAUCCUUGUUGGUAAAUCUGACUAACGCCAAAAGAAUGAUGGCAGAUACAACUGUUGGGUAAAUAUUAUAUCUUCUGCCAGCUGGUAGAAUGGACACACACCACAAAAAUAAUCUACCUAUUGCUAAUUGCAGUAAAAUAGACACAAAGCUGUCUGUUGGUAUAAGAUGGCAAUAUAACAAAUACAGCUGCCUGUUGGUAGAUAGGACAGUACAUAAUACCCAAAUAUUUCUCAUUUCAGGCAGAAAUAGCAAGACAUCAAGCAAAUAUGUCUACCAGUUGGUAGAAAGGACAGUACAGCAGAUACAAAUGUCUCUACCAGUUGGUAGAGAGGACACUAUAGCAGACACAAAUGUCUCUACCACUUGGUAGAAAGGACAGUAUAAACAACUGUAGCUAUUCACAGUAUUCCAACAAAGACUUGGCACUUGAUCCCUAUGGGAUUAAUAAGCACCAGUAAUGGAGUCCUGUUGUGUAAUUUAUCAUGCAAUAACUAAUCAUGAUCAAUUAUUAUAUUUUAUUGACCAUCUCAGGAUUGAUUUUAAAAACAUUUUCCUGAACAAUUUUUAUAUUUGAAAUAAUUUUCAUUUCUUUUAAAAUGAAAUAAAAUGAAAUGUUUUGUUUUUCUCCCUUGAUUUUACACUGAA